AUGAUGGGAAAUCAAAAUUGUCACGCAGAGAUUACAUUCCAAGACAAUAUAAAAUGGCUCGCACGUUUCCGCCUCAUAAGGACAUCAUCGCCGCCCCACGAAGUCCGUGACUGCAUCCUUCGAAGCGAAGCUGCUACAUUAAUGUAUCUUCAACGGCACACUCGAAUUCCUGUACCCAAAAUCUUCCACUGGGCAUGCGAGUCUGAUCCAAAAAACGAACUCGGAGUAGGCUAUAUUUUGAUGGAAAAGUUGGACGGAAAGCCUCUGGAAUGGCAGGCCAUAACUUCGACACAAAAGAAAAAGAUAAUGCAACAACUAGUUAACAUAUUCCUCGAAAUCGAAAAGAAUCCCUUUGACGCAAUGGGAUCACUGGUCUACUCGGUCGAAAAUACCAGGGAUUUUCACAUUAAAGGUCUUGCCCAAAGCCCAACAUUUCAGGUCGCAAAUAAAAGUCCCAUCGGCCCCUUUUCUUCUUCAUUAGAGGGAACACGCGCCAUACUCAAAUCCUAUCUUGCAAUGAUAGCUAGCGGAGAGAUAGUCGCUUAUGAUCCAGUUGAUAUAUACCUCGUGCACCGUCUUCGUCUCGAGAUUGUCGACAGUUUGUGGAAGGAUAUCCCAUCAUCCAAUGGCCGGUUCUUCCUCAAGCAUCCAGAUGACAAAGGUGACCACAUCCUUGUUAAUGAUACUUUCGAUAUAGUUGGAAUUAUCGACUGGGAGUGGACUUACACAGUAUCCAAAGCCGAAGCCUUUUGCUCUCCAUGCAUGAUGUGGCCAGUGGAGGAAUUCUACGAUGGAAAUAACGCACUAGAUCAAGAUGAAUUGCGAUUGGCUGACAUAUUUCGAGAAAGAGGUCGUGAGGACCUCGCGCAAUGUGUUACCCAAGGUAGAAAAGUUCAGAGGUUCUUCUUCGGCCUUGGUACAGAAACGUCUUUUCUAGAUAAAUCAACAUUCACAAGUUUAUUUAAGGGCUUGCAGCAGGCCUUUAGUCUCGAAGAAGAAGAUUGGGAGCAGUGGAAGGACAGUGCACUAGGGAAAUGGGAGGACGAUGAGUUUCUCCAGGCCUUGCUCAACUUGGAGAAAAAAAUUAGAGGUGCAAAAAAAUAG